AUGGAUUCGUCGAAGGACCUCAAACCUCUCCGCGACAGCGUUCAUGCCACCCUCGUCAGGGUAACACGCUCGGUGAACACGCUCGCGAACGAGGACCUCCAAUUCCAGCGGACUGUCCAUCCCUCGGUCGCGACUCGCCUCGACCAGAACACAGAUCGUUUGCUGGAUCUGGCCCGUGGCGUCUUGAAAUCGUCGUCCAAAUUCACCGCGCAGAGGGAGCCUCGACUGGAAGAUGUGGAUGAUGUAGAGAUCCAGUGGAAAGGCGUGCUGGACGUGAUUGACUCGCUCCUGGAGAAGUCCGACACCUGCCUGGACGAGUAUACUGGUCUGGUAAAGAGGAAAGAUGCGCCGACCGGCGAAUCUGGACGGGACCUUAAACGGUCAAAGCCAACCACCACUGGGCUCGACUGGUCGAUGAAGCGCGCCAACAUUCUCAAGCCCCAGAAUACGUUCGAGAAGAAGAUAGACAACUUCGAGUCGGGGCCAUGGAAGCCUUUGAUCACGACCAAGCCCCAUGCCCAGACCCCAUUGGACGCGAGUAUGGCGAUCUCCGUUAACGAUGACGGCCGUCCUCAAUACGAGCAUCCGUACAAGCAGGAAAUCACAGAGAUGCAAUAUCCAGAGCACGUUUUCCAAUCUCGCGAACCUAUCGAAUACGCCCCCAUGGAGGAAACGAAGGCGGUUUGGGUCGACAGCUACGAGGGCGUUUUGGAGAUGUUGGAGGAACUGAAGAAGGCAACCGAGAUCGCAAUCGAUUUGGAACACCACGAUUUCAGGUCAUAUACGGGGCUUUUGUCGUUGAUGCAGAUCAGCACGAGGGAGAAGGAUUGGAUAGUGGACACCCUUGUACCCUGGAGACACAAGCUCGAGGUCCUCAACGAAGUAUUUGCUGACCCAAAGAUCGUCAAGGUUCUCCACGGCGCAUUCAUGGACAUUAUCUGGCUCCAACGAGACCUUGGGUUAUAUGUCGUGGGGUUAUUCGAUACUUUCUACGCCAGUACCGUCCUCCAGUAUUCCGGCAAAAGUCUUGCGUUUCUGCUGAAGAAGUUUGUUGACUUCGACGCGGAUAAGAAGUAUCAACUCGCGGAUUGGCGAUUAAGACCUCUCCCGGAGGAGAUGUUUUACUAUGCCCGAUCCGACACACAUUUCCUGCUCUACAUCUAUGACAUGCUGCGGAACGAACUCGCCCAACUCGCCACCCAAAGCAGUUCAGACGGGAAUCCUAUCGACCGUGUCAUUAAAAAAUCCAAGGAAGUGUCUUUACAGCGGUACGAGCACUCCGUCUGCGACGCGGAAACCGGCGCCGGUAACAGGGGUUGGCACGCCGUUUUGACCAAAUCGUCUACGGUAUACGACGGCGAGCAGUUUGCCGUCUACAAGGCGGUGCACAAGUGGCGGGAUGAUGUUGCCCGCCAAGAGGAUGAGAGUCCCGUCUUCAUCAUGACACAACAAGUCCUCAGUAACAUAGCCCGCAUCGUGCCUACGGACCCGAAGGCCCUGUGGAGUCUGCUGGAGUCGAAUGCCCAGAGGCUCAGGACUCGUCUCGGCGAGCUGUUCGAGGUCAUAAAGGAAGCCAAGGCACGGGGUGCGAAUGGCCCCACGAUGCUACAGUUCUUUAGGCAAUCAUCCUCUGACAAGGUGCAACCCCCGCUCGCGGACAAACCCGCGGUAGCCGCCGCAGUAGAGGAUGCCGAGCCGCUCGGGAUCGAGGAGCUGAAGAGUGACCGCUCCCAAUUAUGGGGGGACGUGGCACUGAAUUCGGCAAUGGACGGGACUUCCAAGGCCCGCCCGGUGGACAACCAGGAGAUGAUCCCACUCUACACAGUUCCCCUUGGCGCUCUCACGCAAGAGCCGCCAAAAACCACGGCGCCGCCACCCAAACCCGCGGCAAAGCAAGAUGCCGAGCCCGCCCCUGUCCCCGAAGAGGGAGGCUUCACCCUCAGGGCCGGACGGAAGCGCAAAGCCGACGACGCGGACACCGAGCCGUCACCACCCAAAGCGGAGUCCGCCUCCGAUUCCGAGAUGGACGACCAAAGUCCUGCCGCAGCGGACGAGGCCGAACAGCCCGAAGCCGAGGCCCAGAGCGAGGGCGAGGCCGACGCCCAAACCGAGAAACCCGACCCCAAGCCCGCCAAACAGCGCAAGACCCGCAAGGCCAAGAAGCCCAAAGCCCAAGCCAAAGCCAAACAAACACUCACAGACGACGCAUGCCCCUCCGAAUCAACCGACCCACAACAACAACCAGCGGACGACGAGCAGCCGUUCGACUACAGCGCGGCCUCGUCGGUGCUGCGCGCGCCGAGGGGCGGCCACGGCAACGCCAGCGGUGACGGUGACGGGAAGCGCGGCAGGCGUGGCAAGGCGGCGUUUGACCCGUAUGCCAAGAAAUCGGGGGAUGCGCCGCAGGGGGCGAGGAAGAUGAAUUAUGAGAAGGCGGGGCGGACGGCGACGUUUAAGAAGUGA